UCAUGCCGGAACCUUCCCGCUCUGCGCCGGCCCCCAAAAAGGGCUCCAAGAAGGCCAUCACCAAGGCGCAGAAAAAGGAUGGCAAGAAGCGCAAGCGCGGCCGCAAGGAGAGCUACUCUGUCUACGUGUACAAGGUGCUGAAGCAGGUGCAUCCCGACACUGGCAUCUCGUCCAAGGCCAUGGGCAUCAUGAACUCCUUCGUCAACGACAUCUUCGAGCGCAUCGCUAGCGAGGCGUCGCGCUUGGCGCACUACAACAAGCGCUCGACCAUCACGUCCCGCGAGGUGCAGACUGCCGUGCGCCUGCUGCUGCCCGGGGAGCUGGCCAAGCACGCCGUGUCCGAGGGUACCAAGGCCGUCACCAAGUACACCAGCUCCAAGUGAGCGCGCCCCGGGCGCCCAAACCCAAAGGCUCUUUUCAGAGUCACCUUCAAGCUCAAAAAGGC